AUGGAGGACUGGCUCUUCUACUCCCUCACCACGCUAUUCUGCCUCCUCUGCUCGCUCGUGCUGCGAACCCGCAGCCCAGGCAUCAAGGUCCACGCAGCCGAUGAAUCCAUCCCUCCUCUCCCUCCUGGCCCUGCGUCGCUGCCGGUGGUAGGCCCACUGCGCUUCCUAGCUCGCCGCGACUUCGACCUGGAGCCUGUGCUCCGCCGCAUCGCGCGGGAGUACGGGCCGGUCUUCACCUUCGCGCCGCUUGGGAAGGAGCACCCCACAAUCUUCGUGGCGGCCCGCGGGGCGGCGCACCGCGCACUCGUGCAGCGCGGAGCGGCGUUCGCCUCCCGCCCGCCCACAACGGCCUCGGGCACCGUGCUCACCAGCGGCGGGCGCAACGUCAGCUCCUCACCCUACGGCGCCACAUGGCGCGCGUUGCGGCGGAACCUCGCGGCAGGCGUGCUCAACCCGGCACGGCUGCGGGCGUUCUCCCCAGCACGACGGUGGGUGCUCGACGUCCUCGUCUCCCGCGUCUACAUUGAAGGCGGCGCCGGGGAACACCCCGUCGCCGUGAUGGAGCCGUUCCAGUACGCCAUGUUCUGCCUCCUUGUGUACAUGUGCUUUGGCGACCGCCUCGGGGAUGCUCGCGUGAGAGACAUCGAGGCCACACAGCGGGAGCUCCUCAGCAACUUCCUCAGCUUCCAAGUCUUCUCCUUUCUCCCGACGGUCACCAAGAUCGUGUUCCGGCGACGGUGGGAGAAGCUCAUCUCAUUGCGGCGGCGGCAGGAGGAACUCUUCGUCCCGCUGAUUCAAGCGAGGAGGGAGGCCGGCGCCAACGGGGACUGCUACGUGGACUCCAUGGUGAAGCUGAUCAUCCCCGAGGACGGCGGCAGGGCGCUCACCGACGAUGAGAUCGUGAGCCUCUGCUCCGAGUUCCUCAGCGCCGGCACCGACACCACAGCCACCACGCUGCAGUGGAUCAUGGCGAACUUGGUCAAGAACCAAGCGAUGCAGGACAGGCUGCGAGACGAGGUGAACGACGUCGUAAACGCCAACGUCGAGGUGCGAGAGGAUGACCUGCAAGCGAUGCCGUACCUCAAGGCCGUGGUGCUGGAGGGGCUCCGGCGCCACCCGCCGGGCCACUACGUGCUCCCGCACGCUGCGCACGAGGACACGACGCUAGACGGGUACCGCGUGCCCGCCAGCGCGCCUGUGAACUUCGCGGUGGGUGACAUCGGCCUGGACGAGGAGGUGUGGGACGCGCCCUCCGAGUUCCGGCCGGAGCGGUUCCUGCCCGGCGGGGAAGGGGAGGAUGUGGACCUGACAGGGAGCAAGGAGAUCAAGAUGAUGCCUUUUGGCGCGGGGCGGAGGGUCUGCCCCGGCAUGGCGCUCGCGCUGCUGCACCUCGAGUACUUCGUGGCCAACCUCGUGAGGGAGUUUGAGUGGCGCGAGGCUGACGGCGAGGAGGUGGACCUCACCGAGAAGCUUGAGUUCACCGUGGUCAUGAAGCGGCCGCUCAAGGCCAGGGCCGUGCCGCUGCGGUCGCCGCCGCCCGCCGUUGCAGCUGCUUGAUCGAUCGAGAUUACUCCUCUCUCUCUAGCAUGGUAAUGGAUUGGGAUUCUUGCCUAUAUAUCAUGUCGUGCCAUUAUAUAUACCCAACGAUUAGAGUAACAAAUUAACUUUCUCUUGUUCUUUUGGGUGUGUAGUGUGUACUAGUGUCGUAGCAUGCAACCUGAUGAAGCUCAACUAGUGUGUAU